GGUCGCGGCCAGCUGGAACACCCUCAUUACAUCGCGGUGAGCAACACAAACCGCGUGAUCGUCAGCGACGGCAACAACCACCGUAUCCAGAUAUUCGACGUGAACGGCCGCGUGCUGACCUCCUUCGGAUCCGAGGGCUCCGACGAGGGUCAAUUCAAGUUCCCAAGGGGUGUCGCUGUGGACGAUCAAGGCUACAUCGUCGUCGCCGACUCUGGCAACAACAGGAUACAGAUAUUCAGCCCAGAGGGGGCGUUCCUCAAGUGUUUCGGCGGCUGGGGUAGCGGUGACGGGGAAUUCAAGGGCCUAGAGGGUGUUGCCGUCACAUCGACCGGUAACAUCGUCGUGUGCGAUCGCGAGAAUCACCGCGUUCAAGUCUUC